CAUCUUUGUGAGGGGCAAAACAUCGCCAGGCCCAGUUAAGCAUUCCGCUCUCUGAUAGGCCGGGCAGGCUGGGCCAAUGAGAGGCCCUGGUGUUGGGGGGCCGGGUCCCCCACGUGGUUGUGGGGCGAGAGUAGCGGAGCGCCGGGGGCUGCCGCCAUGUUGCGCCGCGAGGCCCGGCAGCGCCGCGAGUAUCUGCACCGGCGGGCGCAGGAGGAUCGGAUCCGCGCCACCGAGAGCAAGAAGCUGCAACUCAAACAGGCGCUGGAGGAGAAUCGGCUGCUGCCCACAGAGCUGCGCCGGGAGGCUCUGGCACUGCAGAAGUCCAUCGAGUUUGAUGACCAGGGAGCAGAAGGGCUGGUGACACAGCAGGACGAUGAGUAUCGCUGGGCGGGCGUGGAGGAUCCCAAAGUGAUGAUCACGACCUCGCGUGACCCCAGCUCCCGCCUCAAGAUGUUUGCCAAGGAGAUGAAGCUCGUGGUGCCGGGCGCCCAGCGCAUGAACCGUGGGCGACACGAGGUGGGGGCCCUGCUCCGGGCCUGCAAGGCCAACGGCGUCACGGACCUGCUGGUGCUGCAUGAACACCGUGGGCAGCCGGACGGGCUGAUCAUCUCCCACCUGCCCUUUGGCCCCACGGCGUUCUUCACCCUCUGCAACGUGGUGAUGCGUCACGAGGUCCCCGAGAUUGGCACCAUGUCCGAGGCCAACCCCCACCUGAUCUUCCACAACUUCACCUCCCGUCUGGGCCAGAGGGUCUGCAGCAUCCUCAAGUACCUCUUCCCGGUGCCCAAGGAGGACAGCAAGCGAGUCAUCACCUUCGCCAACCAGGACGAUUACAUUUCCUUCAGGCACCACGUCUAUAAGAAGUUGGACCAUCGCAACAUCGAGCUGUCUGAGGUGGGGCCCCGCUUUGAGAUGAAACUGUACAUGAUCAAACUGGGCACGCUGGAGCAGGCAGCCACUGCCGACGUGGAGUGGCGCUGGCACCCUUACACCAACACGGCCCGGAAGCGGCAGUUCCUGAGCGCUGACUGAGGGCCCCCCCUGCCGGAGAUCGCUGGGGAGCUCACGUGGCGCCGGCUGGGAAUUCAACCCAGAGCAUUUUUCUCUGCCCUGGGCAGUGGGCGUCGGAGUGCAAAGGAGGGGCUCUGACUUGGGAGCGUCUACCCGUCCAUGAGGGAUGCCAGUGGCUCCAGCUGUGGUUUCUGGCCCUGGGGGUAUCACCCUCUGGUGGAGGGGGAAGUACCAGCAGAGCUGCAGUUUUCACACUUUUAUUUUUGUAGGGUCUGCUCUAAUACACAGCUUGGUUCAACCCUG